AUUCUGCUUCUUUUCUGCUAUUAAAGAUACAAAAAGAUGGGAUUCGCGAAAUUAUUUGUUUUGACGUUAGUAAUCGCUGUUAAUCUGCAGGAAAUUUAUGGACAUGGAAUGAUGAUGGAUCCUAUAAAUAGAAGUAGUGCUUGGAGAAAAGGUUUUCCCGUAGAACCUAACUACACUGAUAAUGAACACUAUUGCGGUGGAUACAUGGUUCAGCACGGAAAUAAUAAUGGCAAGUGCGGAGAAUGCGGUGACAGUUAUUCCUUACCUCGACCGCGGCCAAAUGAAAAUGGCGGCAUCUAUGGAACAGGUCUCAUUGUUCAAAAAUAUAAGGCAGGUUCCGUCAUCGAAGUAACUGUUCGCCUCACUGCCGCCCACUUGGGUCAUUUUGAAUUCAACCUUUGUCCACUGAAGACGACAAAAGAAUUAGAAACUGAUAAGUGCUUCAGUAUGUAUCCCUUGCCAAGGGCUGACGGUAACGGCUAUAAAUAUCCCGUUCCUAAGGAUGGCGCAAAAGAUUACAAAAUUAAACUGGUUCUACCAAAGGAUAUUACGUGUAAACAAUGUGUGGUUAGGUGGCAUUAUCGUACUGGCAAUACUUGGGGCACUUGUCAGGAUGGAUCACAAGCCGUAGGUUGUGGACCCCAAGAAACGUUUAGGAGCUGCUCUGAUGUCACCAUCACAAAUUAAUUUAUCACCUACUUCAGAUUGGAUCUCUUAACACACAUACAUACAGCUAAAUAUAGCUUUAUAUCAUUGCUGCUUUCGGUUUGGACACGCGCUUUAAGCGUCCAAACCGAACGCAGCUUAUAUCAAAAUUUUCACUUAAAGAAUUUUGAUCUAACAGGUUCUGACAAAUAAAUAAAGAAAAUAAAUAGCAAAAAGUUACUUUUUAGGUACAAAGAGAGAUUUUCUAUCCUUUAUUCCUAAAACUUGAAUUUCAGAAAAUUGAUAGAAAAAAUAUAUGUAUAUAUAAAA